AAGUUGGACUUAAUGGAGGGUUUCUAGGGUGAUUUCUUCGUUGAAUUUAGACAACAUAUAGGCCUACUAGCACUUUAAUUUUAAUUACUUCGAAGGCGGUCCGGGACCAGUCCAGGACGUCAUGGAAAUCAUCGAAUUUCAUUACACAUUUAGUCGUUCUUUCUUAUUUGGUUGUAACAUUUUUCGAGCUGGGGCUGGCGCCAUCAGAAACAAAACUUGACCAAACCAUGGCAGACAAUAACCUUACUUUAAAGGCGAGAAUGCCGUCGUCUACCAGUAACGAUACCAUUAAAAAACUCAUUUAUUCAGCUUCAAUAUUGGUUAAACAGUUAGAUUCAGCUGUUGUUAAAGCAAAAGCAUGCAGAGAUUUAUUCAUUCCCGAAGUUAUUGAGCUUCGGAGCCAACUUUCUUAUCUCUGUGUUAAAUCAAUGGGAGCUGAUCCUCUACAAUGCAGACGUCGUGCUGAAGAACUUCUUUGGAAGAAGUGUUACUAUGAUGUGAUAACGUUUGCCAAAAUCAGUGGGAAGAAAUCCCCUAUUUCUUCAAUGGAAAAACUUUUCGUUGGAAAUCAUAUUGAGGCUGGGAUUGUAAAGUUUACUGAACUUUUGCAAGAUGUGUGGAGAAGGCUUGAACAUAUGGAUCCUUCUUUGAAACUUGAACUCAAUGUGUUACCACUUCUUGAGAUAAAGUACCAAAACUAUGAAUUAUCAAAAGAGACUAAGGAAGACCUAAUGGAAUCUGCUCAAAAGAUUUUGGUUUGGCUGGGAGAUUUGUCACGUUAUAGAAAUGAUCUGGAGAUUUCCAACAGUGUUAUUACGUCGGAACGCUUUUAUCGCCAGGCAAUACUUUUCAAUUCCAAUACUGGUCUCCCAUACAACCAACUUGGGACUUUGACAAGUCAUGAUCCUUCAAGGGGAUUUGAAUCCAUAUUUUACUAUACAAGAAGCAUGAAAGCUUCAAAAAAUUUUCCCGGAGCCGAACCUAACUUAAAAGCUUUAUUAGGUCGGCUUGUUGCGAACGAAGACAAAUUGAUUUCCGCAUUUUCUCAGCUAUUUCCGAAAUUAGUCUUUGUUUUCAAAGAAGAAACAACAUUUGAAGUGAGCCAACUUUGUCAAGUUACAUUAAGCGAAAUCCAAAAGAAACUUGAAACUAUCGAAAGUAGCAGCUGUAACCAACUCAUGAAUUUAGCUUCUUCCGUGAUGAUGUGUACGUUAACGCCUACAUUCGCCACGAAUAACAAUCAAACAGCGGCAAUUGCCUUUUGUUGCUCUUUGUUUGCUCAUGUGCUAAACAGGUUUCAAGAGAUUUUCCAUAUGACAUCCAGAGAUGUUUCCGAUGCAAGUGGAAACCAAGCUCAUGAACUAAAGUACUUGGAUGCUAAUGCCAAAGAAGAGAUGAUUGAUGAAUUGAGUGACGAAGAGGAAGAAGAAAGUAAGCGAGCGAAAUUAAGAAGGCGGAAAGUUGCAUCUGGAUCUUCCGAUCAAGAAUUCUCAGAGGAAGAAUUAUUUUUGGAUAGUAAUUCAGAACAGGAAUCUGACGAUGACGAAGUCCUUUCUGAUUCGGGAUUUCAUUCUGCAGAAGCCAAAGUUGAACCUCUUCUGGAAAUCCCACACGAAGCUACACAUAUUUUACCUAUUUUUAAACUCUUGACUGAUUGGUUCCGAGUCAAUGUUGAAAUUGUUCAAGCAUCAAACCAAACGAUUAGAAAAAUUUGGUCAACACUGGCCGACAUACUCAACGUGUUCAAGCGAUGUCAACGAGAAAAUGUUACUGUUUACGGUACAGUUCCUUUAGAAGAGGAUUGGAAGUUCUAUGGAGUGAACUCCAUGAGCUCAGUGCAUGCUCAGAUCGACUUUGAAUCUGCUCCUGCACCAUGUGCAGUUUUAAUUUUGAAUUCUAUUCGAAUUGAAAGAAUCCUUCAGUUUGGUAACUGGUUAGCAAGUAAAAACAAUGAAAAAGGAUUCCAACUGGUUAACGGGAUUUACACAUGUCCAGCUGACGCAAUGAGUGAUAAAUCAGAAAGUUUGGGAGCUAAAGCGGAUCUUGUCAUGAGAAAUAUGGCCCACUUAUGGUUGAAAUCGGAAGUCCAAGAGCUUGAACGAAGGCUCUCCCCUCAACAGAAACGCAAAAAGAAGACAAGCUUUGAUUUUUCCGGUUUAUCUUAUGUCUAUCUAGUACCGGACGUCUCAGCUCUCUCAAAUUUCACCCACCUUAUAAAACAAGUGGUCAAAAGCCAAAAACUGAUAAUAGUGGUGCCGGACAUUGUCAUUUCAGAAAUUGAUCAACUUAAACGAGAAAGUGCACCUGUACGGGAAUGCAUCCGCUGGUUGGAAUCCUGCUUUCGCACCGGUAAUCGCUUUAUCAGAGCACAACGUCAGAACGAGCAUCAAGUUAUCCCGCUGUUGACUUACCCCAAACGUAAAGACAAGGCGCAUUGGACACUUUUCCAGAUAUUGGAAUGUUGCUAUUACCUGGACACAAACCAACGAAAUGUCUACAAAACUAGCCAAAAUUCUCCUAUUGUCCUGUUCUUGACUGGCGAUCCGGUCGAAGCAACAGAACAACAGACAAUGGCAAUUUGUAACUCGAUUGGCGUGGAAUAUAAAUCUGCUGAUUCGUUAAUGAAAAAGAGCAAAACCAAAAAACGCUGAUGCUGUCAUGGGUAACACUAAAACUUACGUAACAUGUUUUUUUUUUUUUUUAGAAUUUGCUUCUGUGUAAGAUUUUUUUUUUUUUUGCCGCAAUAUUUUAUGCUCCAGACAACACCGAAACGUGAAA